AAGAAAGUCAUGGAGAGAUUCCAGAUACACCUAAGGGUCCAUACUUGGUGCCUAGUCCUGCAGAGAUUCCACCAGUUACAUCUAAGGGUCCAUGUUUGGUGCCUUGUCCUGAGGCCUGGGAUCAGCACAACAGGGUCUGUUACUACUUCUCACUGGAUUGGAGGAGCUGGGACUAGGCUCAGAAUCGGUGCUCUGAGCUCGGGGCCUCCCUGGCCGUGCUCAGCGACGAGGAAAUGAACUUCGCCUUCCACCUCAGUGACAACCUGGAUUACUGGCUCGGGCUGCGCAGACGGGGCGAGCGGCUGCAGUGGGUGGACGGCAGCAGCUACAACUCCUCGCUGGAGGUCCUUGGCAAUUCAGAGUGUGUGUACCUGGCAGACAAUGUACUCAGGAGUGAGGACUGUUCAACGCAGCUGCCGUAUCUCUGCAGCAAACCCCAACCUCAGCUGUAACAGAAGUGAGGGAGAAAGGACCUUCUCCAUCCUGAAGACUCGCAGCUUUCCUUCUUCCACUAGCCCAGGGAUGUCCUUCUGCAGAUGAACAUUUACCUUGUGACACAUCUCAGCACUGCCUCAGUAACCUCGGUGCCUUUUGUCAUUGUCACCUCAGUAGCUGAUCUCAAGGAGGUGAACCUGCAGGGACAUGAUGUGGAAGUGGACGUGUGCCUUUGUGGACUAGGGGUUUCUUUCUCCAGAAAUCUUCCUCAUUUUCUAUCACUGUAUAUUUACACUGUAAGGGUGUGGGUGCAU